CAGGGAAGUGAAAGGGAGCAACUUUCGCUUCCUCUUCGCGUGUUUAAUUCGGUCCCCGUGUUGAUCAGAAGUCCUGCAGCUCAGCAUGAACAAGCUCACUUCACCCCUCGGCAGCCGCGUACUCGCUCCCGGGGCUCUGCUCGUAUAGUCUCGGCCGCGUCAGUGGAUCAGAGCUCAGAUGGCAGCAGUGAUAACGGAGGAUAAUGUGUACCGAGAGGCAGAGCUGCAGGCUGCGCCCCCUGCUGACGGAGCUGAGGGUCUGCAGCCUGCAGGACCAGACGGCAACAUACAGGGGCAGGUAGAGGAGUUUUUGGGGCCGCACCCGGACUAUGAUGAGGAAGAGGAGGAAAGGAAGUAUUACAGGAGGAAGAGGCUGGGUGUGGUGAAGAACGUGGUGGGGGCGAGCUUUGGGGGCAUGAUCGUCUACAGUGUCUACAUGGGUCUUCUGCAGAUGCAGUUGAUCCUGCACUAUGAUGAAACCUACAGAGAGGUGAAGUAUGGCAGUCUGGGCCUGACGGACAUCGACAAUAAGAUGCUGAUGGGCAUCAAUGUCACUCCUAUUGUAGGCCUGCUCUAUACACCUGUACUCAUCCGGUUUUUGGGAACUAAAUGGAUGAUGUUCCUUGCCUCUGGCAUCUAUGCUCUCUUUGUCUCUACCAAUUACUGGGAACGGUAUUAUACUCUGGUGCCGUCAGCUGUGGCCAUUGGUGUUGCCAUAGUUCCAUUAUGGGCCUCACUAGGGAACUACAUUACAAGGAUGGCCCAGCAAUAUUAUGAAUAUGUGAACUAUAAGGAGGAGCAUGUGCAGGAGCAGAAGAAAGUGCCAAAGGGAGCCUGCCAUCAGUAUGUCAUUAUUUUCCAGUCAGUCUUCUACAUCAUCUUCCAUCUGAGUUUCGUAUUUGCUGAGUUCCCCAUGAUCCUCUUCCUCAAUGACUUUCUAAGUGAAUACAAGCACACCCUCUACAACGUCAAGCAGUGUGGUGCAGAUGGGAAGAAGAUAAUUGAGGGUUUCAACAAGACUGUUCUGCAACAUUUGCCUCGUUCAACAAACCUCAUUGCAGUAGAGAGUGUUCUAAUGGGAGCUGCCUUCAUCGCUAUGAUCAUUUUCUUGGCUGUGUGUGGUGCUGCAUAUCGGCCCACGGAGGAGAUUGACCUGCGCAGUAUUGGCUGGGGUAACAUCUUUCAGAUGCCAUUCAAACACUUGCGUGAUUACCGCCUGCGGAUGCUUUGCCCUUUCUUCAUCUACUCUGGCUUUGAGGUGCUCUUUGCCAUCCAAGGACUCAUACUGUCAUACGGUGUGUGCGCGUUAGGGAUGGAGAAGCUGUGGUUGUUGGUGAUGGUGUACGGACUGUCGUCCUCUAUUUGUUCAUCCCUCUCAAUGGCUCUUGUGCAACAGCGUUUGCCCAGACAGGUGUUACUCCUGGGUGGGGCGGCUGUUCACCUGGUCCUGCUGGUGGUUCUCAUGUGCUGGUCUUCCAGCCCUCGAAGGCCUGACCAGUUACCACAACUACUGGUGCUAGUUGCCCUCUGGGGUCUGGGCACUGCUCUCAACAAGACUGGACUGAGCAGUCUGCUGGGAAUGUUCUAUGAGGACAAAGAGCGAUUAGACUUUGUCUACACCAUCUAUCACUGGUGGCAGGCCAUCGCCAUUUUUAUCGUCUACCUUUGGUCUGCUCUGCCUAUGAGGGCCAAGCUUGCGAUCCUGUUGGUUACGCUGUUAGUUUCAGGCUUGUGCUAUUGGCAGAUGGAGCGUCGCUUAGCCAAGAAGAUUCCUUACAGGUUGCCACGGAUUCCCCGUCCACGACACAAGGUCAAAGGUUACCGCUACCUGGAGGAGGAGAACUCUGACGAGUCCGAUACAGACAAGAGCGAUGUGGAGGGUGAGGAAGAUGAGGGCAGGCAGAGUGAGGAAGAGCCGGAGAGGGAUGCUGGCUCACAGGGCUCUGAUUCGCUGGGCCGUGACAGGGGUGCAGCCAGAGGCCGGCGGCGGAGACAGGACAAUGCUGCCUACGAGCAGGCAGGAGAACAGGAGGACUACGUCCAAGCCAUGUGACAGAAUACUGUCUUCUUAUUAUACAGUAGAAUGAGUUGCCUUUGCUUUUAAAAAGAAAAUAUGCUCUCAGUUGAUGAAUGAAUGAAUGAAUAGGUGAACGAAAUAGAUCGAUGGAUGAACGCAUGAGUCUAGACUAGUGACCAUUUCAUUGCAAAAUGGAUGUUGAAAUUUGGACUGAUUUGAUUAAUGAAGUAUUGGGGUGAAAUUCUUUGAGGGUCCACUUAAAGAUGACUUCCACUGGCUUUGUCAGCGUAGAGGUUAUUUUUGUUUUCGACCAGGGAAAAAACCCCUGAGGCACUCUAACCUGAGAAAAGAAGAAGUUCUACAUGGAUUUCAGUGAAAUGAGAAGUGAAAAAGGAAGUAGACCAAACCUUAUAUGGCCAGGUGGUCUGUGGCUAUAGAAACAGGCCACACAAAAGCACUGGUCAAGGUAAUACGCUGGAGGUUUUCAUCUGCUGCCUUUCAGUCAUUUCCUCUUUUUAACUGAAUGCAUUGUCAAGCUUGCACUUUCUUACUGGUCCAUUUUAAUUAAGUCUAAAAUAAAAUACUUUUUAAAUAAAGUUGUAUAUGCCUGUA